AAACGCUGGAAAAGGGAAACCAAUUGAUAUCGCGAAUAUACAACUUUGCGAAGAUCGUCGUUGCUUCUUGUGUGGAAAAAUAUCCUUAUCUGAUUUUGAGUAAUCGAGAAAGUUUAUAAAGUGGAUAGAUCGUAGCAGUUAGUAUCAGAUGUUUAACGUGUCUCAGAAUUACACCAAUGUUUUAAUAGUGUCCAAUCUUUCCAGCCCUUAACAAGUUAUAUAUUGUUUUACUUACAAUAUUUUGUAGCAGACAGGAAGGGAAUAAAAUCUCUCAACGAGCAUGAUGGACAUAGAAGUCGAUUUAGAAAAAGUAGACGAUGGUGCCGACGAAAAAGUCAAACCCGCCAAGGGGGACAAUAGUAGAAUUUAUUUACAAUUAAUAUCAAGCAUUGUAGUCAACCUAACACUACUGGCUUCUGGAAUAUGUUUCUCUUGGUCGGCAAUUGCUAUAGAACAAUAUGAAGACCUACAAAAUGUCGACAAUGCAGGCUGGGUAGUUGUUGCGUUGAAUAUUGGUGCCAUCUUCGGACCUAUUCUAUCUGCAUUACUGCUAAAUCGCAUCGGCAGGAAAUGGCUCAUCUAUGCAACGAGCGUCCCAUUUAUCGCCUGUUGGAUACUCACGUAUUUUGAAAAAUCCUGGCUGUAUCUUUUCGUGGCAAGAUUCUGCGCUGGUAUAUCGGUCGGUAUCUCAUACGCCGCAGUCCCACUGUACAUCGGAGAACUGGUAGAGACAAAAAUUAGAGGAGUGAGCAGCUCGAUGAUGCCUGUGAUGCUUCAUUUGGGAUAUAUGUUCGUAUACGGCGUUGGUCCGCAUAUGGAUAAAAGGAUAUUCUCAUUGAUGAGUAUAAUACCAACAGCCAUAUUUCUAUUAACUGCUAUAUGGUUACCGGAAUCGCCUUAUUAUUAUUUAAUGAAAAAUAAGGAAAAAUGUGCCGCGCUAACCUUGGCAUGGCUAAGACGUAAGAAUGACAAUAAUAACGAGAUAGAGGAAAUGAAGAAAUCGGUAGAAACGGAAAAACAGGGUGGCUACAAGAAAUUAUUUAUGGUGCCGGCACACAGGAAAGCGCUUUUGCUCGUGUUAUUGUUACUUGCGGGUCAACAAUUUUCCGGAUAUAUGGGCGUUUUAUCUUACGCCAGCGUUUUAAUUAAAAGUUUCCAUGUAACUUUUGAUAAUAAUUCCAUUCUUCUGGUAAUAAGUGCGGUGUCCAUGAUUACAUGCUUAAUGUCUUCGUUUGUAGUCGACAAACUCGGUAGGAAACCCGUUUUCCUGAUAUCGUCGUACGGUAGUUCGCUAUGUCUUAUGGUCAUUGGAGUGUUUUUCGUCCUUGAGAAAUUAGAUAUGGACGUUAGUAACCUCUCUUUGGUACCAUUGAUCGCGCUCAUACUUUACAUUAUUAGCGUCGCAUUUGGUUUAUCCUCGAUUCCAGCGAUCGUCACCUCGGAGAUUUUUUCAAUAGACAUGAAAAAUUGGGCAACCAUGACCACUAAUGUUUACGGAUCCGUACUCGGCAUAAUCGUGGGCAAAUGUUACCAACUCGUAUCAGAUCAUGUUGGAAAUCACGUAAUAUUUCUCGCCUUUGCUAUUAUCGAAUUUGUAAUUGCUAUCACUGCAUCCGUCGUCAUGCCGGAAACGUCGCGAAAGACUUUCGGACAGAUUCAGGAAAUUUUAAAUAGAAGCACAGCUAAACAUUCGAAUAAGACGGAAGACAAAGAAGAGGAAACGAAAUAAAAAACCUAUGCAUUCUAUUUAUUUAAA